AGCCGCCUUGGCCCGGGCCGCUCCACCGUACGUGGGCGAGCUAGCCCAUGGCCUGGAAGGGCUGUGUGCCUCCAGGCCCCGCCCAGGCGGCGCUUCCGCGGACCUCCCGCGAGCGCAGCGGCGCGAGGCAAUGGGCAACUGCGCAGGGUCGAAGAGCCAGCCGCUGCAGAGAGACUCCUUGCGCUCCAGGACCGCCGAGGCACUGACCCCUUUCGGCGGCGUCAACUCGUUGCUCUUUUACGGCAGGGAGCAUUUCCACUUCAGAGAGGAGCAUAACUCAGCUAAGCAGCGGCCCAGCGCCGGCUCAGACACGAGCGAGACCAGCGACGAGCAUGACGAACGAACGCUGGAUAUGGUGUCUGGCAUGCGGCACUUCGGAAACCAGUACCUGUGGCAGUUGCGCUCGGCGGCCUCGGACGCAGACGGCGACCGCAGCAAGAUUGCCGUGGAUUUGCUGAUGUUCGGGGAGUUCGGGAGAGACCUCGACAAGGAGAAGGCGGUGUGCGUGGCCGUGUCGAUGCAACGCAUGGGCCUCGUCGGUCACAUCUCGCUGGUGGCCAGCGGUAACGGGGCCCCCGAGCGCGCGCGCCUUGCCCUGGGCACUGCCAAUCUGCUGAGGGCGGAGUGUAGCGCUGCGGUUGGCCACGGGGGCUCUCCGCAGGACGAGGUGUUCCCGUUCGAGUUCGAUCAUUGCGACUAUUUGGCGGAGGAGGCGGAGUUGGACCCCGCGGGGGGGCACGAACUCGUGUUCAGCGCCAUCUGCCGAGCGGUCCGGAAAGGCCGGCAAAUCUGCAUCGUCGUCAACGGCUCGCUCACCGACAUGGCCGCAGUGCUGCGGGACACCAGGUGGUCAGAGGCGAGCGCGGCGGUGUCUUGCGUCGUGAUCUCCGGGGGCGCCACCCAGCCGAAGGCGAACGGCAGGCUGGUCAUGGACCCCGCAGCUGGGAACAACGCCUCCGACCUCAAGGCCGCCAGGGAGGUGUACAGCAAGCUCCAGUCGAGCGAGUGGCCACCUUUCUACGUAGUCAGCCGGCACGCUGCCGGACAGUGCCAGCUCCAACGUCUCGCACUUCAUGGCUCGCUUCACCCCGUGGCACAGCGUUUUCAGCACGUCAGCAAGGACAUUGUGCAUUCCAUUUGGCAGCGAGUGAACAGGUCGAUGGCUGAGCGCAAGAGACUGCACGACUGUCUGCCAGCCCGCUGUGAUGUACAAUGGUUUCGCGACAAUUUCUUGAGAAAGGACGCCCCGACGGAUCUGAAGGCCACCGACCCAGUCUGGCCGUGGGCCCACAAUAUCCGAGAGACUUGCAGUGAUGGGCUCACGACUCUUGUUGCGGCGUUGGCGCACAGAUCUGACUUGUUCCAAGAGUUCUUCAUUCCGCAGAAAACCUUGGACGGCAACCUUUUCUUACUCGGUCUCGAUUCUGAGAACCCUGGCAUCAGAAACCCCAAGGCGAUCAGCAAGUUGAUGCACGAGCUGAUGAUCAUGUCUGUGGGGAGCGGCAAUGGUGAGUGGAUUCAGUUGGCAACUGACGUAGGUGAAGAACACGAGCCGAUCGAUGUAAUCAUCAUCGGUGAUUAUGGCAAGGACCUUGACGACGAGAAGGCGUUGUGUGUCGCAUCUGUGCUGCGCGGCAUAAAGCUGAUCGGAAGCCUCACGGUGGUGGCCAACCUCGGGGACUCCGUGAUGCGCGCGCGCCUCGCCAAGGGGUCUCUGCAGACCCUGAAUCAGGAGGACGUGCCCGUGGCGGCCGGCUCGCACGGAGGGCGGACGGACGAGGAUCCGGAGGGGAGAACACACAGACACAAGCACGCCUCUGGCCCGCUGGGCCGGCGAAUUUGGCUCCCGUGGGUUCGCUGGACCAGAGGGGUGGCCACGAGUUGAUAUUCGCAGCGCUCGGCGAGGCGUCGCGGAGGAGGAGGAAGGUGUGCUUCGUUCUGGGCAGCUCGUUUACCGACAUGGCCAUGGUGAUGGACGACCCGCGCUGGCACGAACUCAAGGGUGUGGUGACAUGCGUGUCGGCAAUGGGAGGUGCGAAGUGGGAAGGAGACAGGUUCGUGAUCGACAAGUCCGCCGCCAACCACGUAUUUGACUUGCCUGCCGCGGAGCUGGUGUAUUCACGCCUCCAGCAGGAGAAGGGUCUGCAGUUCGUCGUAAUCAGCCGCUUUGCUGCUGGAUGCUGCCAGAUGCCCCGAGGCGCUCUGGACGGAUCGGACCACCCCAUGGCCAUGCGCUUCAAGCGAGUUUCGGAGCCUGGAUUGCAGAAGCUGUGGGAGCGAUCGUUCCGCAGCCUCGAGGAGCGCGAGGCCCUCAAGGAUGCUCUGCCCGCCCGCUGCGACGGCGCGUGGUUCAGGUCUACCUUCCUGGAGUCGAACGCGCCCGCGGGGCUUGGCCCCAAGGACGCAAUCUGGAGAUACGUCAAGGGGUUCAACGAGUACGACGCCCUGGCGGUCAUCGCCGGGGUGGCGGCGUCUCACCCGCCAUUGCUCUGCGAGUUCUUCAACGCCCAAUGUUGCCCGGUCACUGGAAUGCUGGUGAUCGGACUUGACGGCGAGCAGCACGGCGUGGCGAGGCCGGGGCGCGCCAGCGAGCUCCUCCACGACUGCUUGAUCCAUUCCUUCCUGGGCCGGCUAAGGACCGGCAGCCACAUCCAGGUCCAGGCUGGCGACAAUGAGUGGGUGAAGCGCAUGCUCUACAAGCCAGUACGUUCCAAAGGCCCCGACAUGUGGCUCGUGAUCGACCAGUCUACGGCAUUCCCAACUUUUGUGGAGUUGAGCUUGUCGUAUAUGCUGGAGGGCCAGACCUGGAAGCUUCUGGCCACGCGGGACGAGCCUGUCUGGGAGCAUCCGGGUACUUCUCUCUCGUACCGUAUGGUGAACGGCAUGCCAACCAGCCCCCUUCUCAGCGAUGCUAUCUGGCACUCUUUGCGAGCAGAGUUCGAGCCGAGGCAUGGGGACGUAUGGGUGCCUGGCCCUAACGGGAUAGGCCGAGCAUCGGUUCAUGUGGCCAUACUUGCUUUGAAAGGAUCUGGUAGGUUGGAUGACGUUGACAUGUCGAAGCCGUACUUUCUUGAGGCGGCGAUCUCCCGUGGCCGGUUUUCUUUCGAUGCGCUCACCAAUGAGGUUUUGAAGCCUCACGAGCGCGUUUUCAAGACGAUGAGUGCCCGAUUGAGCUUGCCUGUGAAGCCGUGGCAAGGCUGGCUACCUGCAGGCAUCAAGGUGGUGAUCGUCGCACGGGAUCC